CCGGAAGUGUAACGCUGAAGCGCUUCCCCCCGCUUCACGCUGCAUGCGGGCGGAUCGCAUCACAUUCCGACGGGAGCGAUGUGAGCGCGGCGCGGAUCCUCCGCCUCUGAACGUCCACAGCCGCAGCGCGAGGGGGAACAUGUCCGGAUCGAAGGAGAACAACUCUUGUCCGGACGGCUACAGGGCGCUGAGCCCCGCGGAGCUGCGGGAGCUGCUGCACAGCGACGGCAAAAUGGACCAAAUCAUCCGCCUCAAUGAAACGUUCCAGGAGCUUCAGGUGGACAGGGAGAUGCUGCUGACCACCAACCGCAGCCUGGCCGAGGAGAGCCUCGCCCGGCGACCCCGCCUCAAUAACGGCAAACUCCAGCUGGCGGAGAAAUACCGGGAACUGUCCAACCUGGCAACCACGUGCUGGGAAAAACAGAGUCAGCUUGGAGCUCACGUCCAGAAGCACAGCCUGCAGACGAUGCAGAACCUCCUGCAGGAGGAGGUGGCACAAGCCGAGGAGCAUUCAGAGGAGCUGCUGGAGAAGUUCAUGGAGGGGAACGUAAACCUGGACGACUUCCUGGACUCCUUCCAGUGCUCCCGGAAGACGUAUCAUAUCCGCCGGGCGCAGGCGGAGAAGAUGCAGGAGGUCGCUCAGGCCAAACGCCAGCCGGGCAAAACCAAGACGGCGGAGGAGAGUAGAGUCCCUGAGGUGAAGAGGGACUCGGAGCAGCCUCAGGAGCCGCAGCGGCCCAACGGCUUUGUAGCGCAAGGACCUUUAAGAGUGUUCCAGGUACGCUACGGCCUCACGCCGGCCAUCCUCCUGCCUCAUUACCCCGUUUCUCCUCCUGCCUCGGCCCCGUGCUAUCAGGGUAGUACCCCGCUGCCCGAACCCCAGCUGGGGCAGACCCACAUCCUCAGCCCCAGCACGCCACACCCAGGACACGGCCAGCCGGUCGGCCUCAGGGUCAUCGGACAGCUAUCAGGGGGCUGGCCGGCGAACGGGCGGCCGGUGAGAGUGCAGCAGCUUUACAGGCCGAACCCUCAACAGCCCGAGCCGCCGUUCCGGUAAGCUGGAGGAGGGCGGGGGGGGAGGAGGAGGAAGAUGAGGAAGAGGAUGAAAAAAAGUCUGUUUGAGAGGAAUCAAACAGUGGCUGUCACAACCACGUAAGCAAAGACUGAUGCAGAGGCAGGCGGAGAUGCCGACGUCCGUCUCUGUUCUUCAUCCAUGACACGCAGACGUCACCAUCAGAGGAACCCGGGCAGAGAGGCGGCGGAGGCAGGGAGGACUCGGCAUGGUUUUUUUUUAUAGCUGGUUCCAUUUUGGAUCCGGUGAAACGCCAACAAAUCUCACAUCAAACCUUAAAUCUCACAUUGUUCUUCUCCGUUAGUGAAGAGCAACAGAAAACGUACAGUUACAGGGACGAAGUGAGACCGUAAACCAGUUUAUCAUUUAUCAAUCAUCAUAAUUUCUGGGAGAUAUUAACUGUGAUGGUGCAAACUAGUAUUUUUUUAUUGUGUGACAUCACUCGGUGUUAAAGUAACGACGGUUACAUUAAGAGGAAAAGCAGCAAUAACUGAGCUGCAGAUUAUCCUCCUGAAGGCGAUGACACACAAUCUGCAACAAAAUCAAAAUUAAACAGAAAUAAAGUGUUUAAAUCUCAUUUCAAACACAAACGUGAGCUGAUGAAGUCCGUUAAUUAAGUGUCAGAUAACAAGCUGCUACUGAAACUGUAGUUUCUGGCUCCUCCGUCAACAGAAACAUCUUUGAGUCAUAGUUUUUUUGUUUUUUUUACUCUUUACCUGAGAUAAGUUAUUCAAAAACAAUUCAAACCAGACUGUGGAUUUGAAUUCAAUAAAAAAUGCUAUCGAGCCCCGUCCCCCUAGUGUUAUUUUAAAUCUUAUCAUAUUUUUAUACUUCAAACUGGAGGAUGUGAAGCACAUGGUUGUGAAGCACAUCCACAGGGAAAAGAACAAACUCUGGUUGUUGGAUGUGAUGCGGCUCAGGACGCCGGGUGUCAUCAAAGUGAACAAUGGCAUCAAUAACGUGGAUGUUUUUGUGUAAACUCCUCCGUCGAAUGAGGGGAAAACCUUCACACCUGGAUCCUGGGGCGACGAACAAUGGGUUUUAGAUUGAAGGUGAAACAAAGACGCACUGUGGGAGCAGAGCAGGACGUAUUUAUUAAUGAGUCCCAGACUGUAACCUGUCAGUAGUGUUUCCUGUGUCGUGUGUGUGUGUGUCUGUCUGUGUGUGUGUGUGUGUGUGUCACCGUCACAGGAGAUUACCCAGAGCCCUCUGCCUUCUUGUGCGAUUUCAGCGAACAGUGUUGCCGCUCACACAUCCGUGAGCCGUUUUAUUUAUUCAUGUAAAUCCUAUUUUAAAUGGCUGACUUCAAAGAUCCUUGUUUACCGUGCUAAAUGAAGAGCUGCGUCUCCUUCACAAAAGCAGCCGGUGUUUGUGGUUCCUUUUUUUGAUUUUUAAUUUUUAAUUUUUUUAUUUCUGCCCCCGAACUGAGAUGCAGAGUGAGGUGGAAUUUAAUCUCUAUGAGAAAAAAAAAACCACAGCCGAACAUCUUCCUCUCUCUCGUUCUCCGUCCUGCAGCGUUUAAAGGGAAAAGCUUCGGAUUGUAGUUGUAAUGUGUCGGCUCUCAAACACACAUUUAGCUCAUUAAUAACUCAGAUAAGUGCAUGCUUACUACAUCUCGACAAAGUACAUGAAAAUGCCUUUUACAGGCCAGUGCCCAGUUACAUAAAUACAAAAAUGACUUUCAUAUUUCUACUGUAAAGAAGCUCUGAUUUUAACAUCUGUCAUUUUCUCAUAGGAAAUAUCUUGAUGAAUUUUGAAGUGGAUGUCAAAGCUCUGAGGAUUUUUCUUUAAAGCGUUCUUCCAUUUUUAUUUUUUAUUUUUGGGUGAUAUUUAAAAGUGUGGGUCAUGGUUUCUAUCAGAUAACGCUCAGAACGUCGACUGCUGAGAUCUGUGAAUGUUGUUUCUGCAGCUCAGCGUCUUAUGGAACCACGAGGUCAGAAUUUGAAUAAAAUUAUAACCCAGGCUUUGUGUUUGUUCACAGAUCUCAGCAGUUAGACUGGUGAUGAUGGUACAGCUGAUAAAAAAAACAAUGGCUAAAACUUCUUUAAAGAUGAGAAAGAAAUAAACUUCCUGUUUGAACAAGAUGCAAAUGUGCCAAAUAAAGAGUUUUGUAACUUUUAAAAACCCA